CUCGUAUUCAUUUUAGGUUUUUUGCGAAUCUUCGAAUGCUACUAACAACGUUGUCCGCAUUUAGUUUGCUGAGGUUUGCUACUGUACCUGAUAUAACAGUAACCUUGAACUUCGUACUAAGCGCGGUUUAUGAGUGACCUUACAUAAUGAACCAUGCAAUCCGAGGUGCGACAGAACUUCCACCAGGACUGUGAGGCUGCCAUCAAUAGGCAGAUCAACCUGGAGCUGUACGCCUCCUAUGUCUAUCUAUCUAUGGGGUACUAUUUUGACAGGGACGACAAAGCCUUGCCCAACUUUGCCAAGUUCUUCAUGGGCCAGUCCAAAGAGGAGAAAGAGCACGCUGAGAAACUGAUGAGUCUACAGAACAAAAGAGGAGGACGCAUCUUCCUCCAGGACAUCAGGAAGCCAGACCGGGAUGAGUGGGGCACUGGGCUGGAGGCCUUGGAGUGCGCUCUGCAGCUGGAGAAGAGUGUCAACCAGUCUCUGCUGGAUCUGCACAAAGUGGCGUCCGAUCACAACGACGCUCACAUGUGUGACUUCAUCGAGACCCACUACCUGGAUGAGCAGGUGAAGUCUAUCAAGGAGCUGGGCGACUGGGUCAACAACCUGCGCCGCAUGGGCGCUCCUCAGAACGGCCUGGCUGAAUACCUGUUUGACAAGCACACCCUGGGCAAGGAGUAGACCUCCCAAUCUGGGCCAGUUCAUCCUCUGUACCGUCCUCUUAUACCCGGGUCCUGUUCAUUAUGGCACACUGCUGCGGAUCACUUCACAGCAGACAUAACGGAUACGUUUAGAUGCUCCACCUCGCUAAUUCAGUCCUGUGGGCGCUGAUUAAACAUUACCCAUUCCUCUGCCGGUCGCUACACAUGUUGCAUGUUUGCUUAUGACUGAUAGUCAUCACUUAUCCAUCCCCUCUGGUUUCAUUGGUAUUCUGGCCUAAAGACCUAAUUGACCAAAAACCAUUUCUCUGUUGACAUUAUUGAUUCAUUUAACACUAUUUACAUGCCCCUUUUUCUGUAAUUCUCCUAGCCUGGUGGCAAGUGUGUGCCAUCUAGCCUGGUACCAUCUAGCCCAGUCUGUUUGUACCAUCAUGACACCUCCUUGUCAUUGUUCUUGUCACCAUGUCAUUGGAAUAUCAGUUCAGUAGUCUUUCCAUUCUUUCUUUUUCGUCUCUCUUUAAAACCCUUUGGAUGAGAGAGCCUGACUUCUGAGAUUAGUGCUUCGAAGGGGCAAAUAGUGGAUAUGUGAAGUAUGAUUUGAGAUCAACCCAUAGGUAUGUUUGGCUUGGAAAAAUAAGUUGUCAGGAGCAGAAUCAGAUCUGGUUGGGGCCUAUAUAUUUUAUUUGUUUAUAAAUGUCUGAUAUAAUCGAUAAGCUUUGCAAAAUAAAGACUUGAAUGGUUCCUAGAAAUGCCUUGUAAAAAAAUAUCUCAGUUUGGUGUACUCCAGGUCUUAGUGUGGGCGAAAACACACUAACUCUUAUAUCCAGCAGUGCUUUUUUUCAAGUGUAAUUUCUUGAGCCAGUAUUUUAGAAUAGCUAUUUAUACAGUUGGAUUCAAUUCCUGUUCACUUCGCCACUUUCAAUUCUUUGAGUUUGAUUCUGAAUUGAAAUAUUGUCCCCAACUUCUGGAUAUUACAUGAAACACCUUUUCCAAUUCUAAUGUGCACACACUUCUAAAAUGAGCAUUUUAAUGAAAUGUGUGUAUUUUGGAGUUUGUGUAUCUGUUAAUUGUCCUUGUAGAUGCUAUUAAUAAAACAUUUCUGAUAUAAAUGUU